AAAACACACGAGCCUGUCAACAAGAGAGCUGUCUUUCAGCGUAAGCAGCAAAAAUGUCAACAGAUAGCCUUCAUAUAAACUAUAAAAUCCUGUAGGCUUCAGAAUCUAUGUGAACGUUUCCCGCUGAUUUGAGCAGCAGCGGGAGCUCAGAUCCACGGGUGAUCAUGGCCACCCAUCCAGCAGCACUGCCCUUGAGGGAGUUCUGCCCGCUCUACUAUCUUCUCAAUGCCAUCCCUGCUAAAGUCCAGAAAGGUUUCCGUUCAGUUCUGGUCUACUUGACUGCACUGGACAGCAACAGUGAUUAUAUAGCCAUUGGCAGCAGCAUCGGCAUGCUGUACCUCUACUGCAGGAGAGUAAAUCAGAUGAACAAAUACAAUUUAGAGGGCAAAUGUGAGGCUAUUACUGCUGUGAAGUUGCUGAGUUGUUUUGAUGAUCUUGUGGCUGUUGGGACGGCAUCAGGCCGGGUUGCUUUCUUUCAGCUUGUGUCACCAUUACCUGGAAGAAAUAAACAGCUGAGAAGGUUUGAUGUGGUGGGUUUGCACAAAAGCACAAUUACUGCAUUAGCGUGGAGUGCUAAUGGCAUGAAACUCUUCUCUGGCGAUGAUAAAGGGAAGGUGGUGUACUCUGCUGUGGACUUGGACCAAGGAGUCUGUAAUCCAGUGGUCCUCUUCGAAGAGCCUUCAGCAAUAGUACAGUUAGAAUACAGUCAAAAAGUACUUCUGGUUUCAUCCUAUCAACGCUCAAUGCUUUUCUACACACAAGAGCAGUCGCAUCAGCAGCUGGGUAGUAAACCACGUAAAAGCAAUGGCAAGUUUGGAGCCUGCUUCCAGCCAGCUCUGUGCAAGCAGAGCGAUCUGGUGAUUUACGCAGCCAGGCCAGGGUUGCGUCUGUGGAGGACAGAUGUGCGAGGACGAGUCGGGGAGACUCAUGUCUUAAAGCCCCUUUUUAAUCAGGAUGUACCUCACUUUGAGCUGUUCCCACGCUCAGGUCCCACUGGUGGAUACAGACCUUCAGAAAGACAGUUGGGAAUGAUCAGCUGCUUCCUGAAGGAGGGCUGGGUCCUCAGCUGGAACGAAUAUAGUGUUUAUGUUGUGGACUGCACCAAUCAGGUCAUCAUUGGAGGAUUGGAAAGCAGUGGAGAUAUAGUGUCUGUGUCAUGCACAGAGAAUGAAAUUUUCAUUCUGAAAGGAGAUCGGGACAUUUUGAGGAUCUCAAAUUGCCCUGAGGGAUUGGUUUCCAACUUGUUAGACCACUCCUACCGUUUUACAUCUCCUCUUUCCCCACCCACUAUUUUGCUGCCUCCUAAUGGCGCUGUAGAAACUGCUCAGCCGAUCAGAACUAUGCCCAUCAUCACAGAGCAGGACACUCAGGCCAGUCCCAGUUCAGAAGAGGUGCAUGAUGGGGUAGAGGAGUCAGAGGAGGUGCAAGAGGAGCACCAUCCUGAGGAGUUCAGUCAUGCGGUUGAGGCUCUGGAAGUGGCAGAGGACUUGGAGCAGCAGCGGGCCAGUUUAGGUACAGUAGAGUCUCGCAGCCGUAGCAGCUCCAUCACUUCAUGGGACAGUGCGCAAGGCAUGUUCACCACCACCGAGGCCUCCGCUUCAGAGCUCUCCUCCAGCAGAUACAGCGCCAUCACCCAAGAAGACUUCCAGCAGGAGCUUGUGGUCAAGGCCAUCAAGCUGAAGAAGAAAGGCAAGAGGAGACGACAAGAGAGUGGGAAUCGCAUGAACGAGCGCAGCAGUUGGUCGGAGAGCAUUUGCAGCCAGGACGGUGCAGGCAGUGACGUUCUGAACACACCCAUGAGUGAACCUCCUUCUGAUCACACCAGCCUCCUGUGCAGCAGCCUUGACCUGGAUGGAGAAUACCACAGUUCAGAUGCCUUCCCCAUUCAGAGCCCAUCAGAGCCCUUAUUGAACCAAGAGCCUUGUCCGGUUGCAGUUAUCCAAACAGCACAGGCUUCACCACCUUGCCCUGCGUCUCUGUCACUAGACAUGGAGUGUCAGGUGUACAGUGAAAAUGUGUUUGCAGAAAAUGAGCAAAUCGCAGCUACACCUGAUGUGGACAUGCUGCUGGAAUGUACCUUCUCGUAUAUGCAGGCGUCUGAUGAGCAGGACAUCAUGAAGGAAUAUGUGAAGGAGCACAAAGACGUCCUGGAGGAUUCAGAGGAACAUUUUAAGCAGAGUUUACAUGAGGACUUUAAUUUGGACUUGUCUUAUGAUCCCAUAAGGCCGCUGGGUUACUCCCCGGAGCCUGAGCCAUCGCCAUCCAGUGAUGAGGAGGACAUCUAUGCUCAUGGAGUGCCUUCCAGUGCAAGUCUUGGGGAUGGACUGAAUGCUCUGAGCUUGCAGAGCUCAUCUGCUCAGCAGAAGGAGGAUGAAGAGACACAGCUCCUCAAAGCUGACCAGUUGGCUGAAAGUUGGAUGGGUUACAGUGGGCCUGGCUGUGGCAUCCUCAGUCUACUGGUGACAGACAGAUACAUCUGGUGUCUGGACUUUAAAGGAAGCCUCUUCUGUAGUGGUCUUCCUAACGGUGGCUUGAGCUGGCAGAAAUUUGAGGAAAAUGUCCAUCAGGUUGCUCUGUCUCCAUCAGGCUCAUUGUUGUGGAAGGUGGAGCAGAAGACCAUGACUGCGUACGCUUGUGGGAAAGUGACAAUCAAGGGAAAGAGACACUGGUACAAAGCUCUGGAUGACACCGCAUUCGUGGCGCUUGGUGAUGACACUGCCUGGAUCAUUCGUACUAAUGGAGACCUGUACAUACAGACAGGGCUGAGUGCGGACAGGCCAUGUGCGAGGUCAGUGAAGGUGGACUGUCCGUGUCCCAUGGCACAGAUGGCAGCACGGGGCAGUGUGGUGUGGGCACUGAGCGAGCAGAGGGGUGUGUUUUACAGAGAGGGUCUCAACAGCUACUGUGCAGAGGGGGAGCACUGGAAGUAUGACACUGUCAGUGAGAGCCAAGGUCUGGAGCCUAUCUGUAUUGCUCUGGGUGAAAACAACACUGUCUGGGCUUUGGACACCAGUGGAAACCUAUGGUUCAGAACGGGGGUGACUGCUAAAAAACCCCAGGGUGAAGAUGACCACUGGUGGCAGGUGAGCAUCACAGACUAUGUGGUGUUUGAUCAGGGCAGUCUUUUCCAGACUCUGAUCCAGGCCACGCAGACUGUGGCCACAGUCACCAGAGCGCCAGUAGAGCGGGUAGCUGAACGUCUGCGUGUGGCCUUCCUCUCCCAGCAUUCCCAGUGCCAGCCCAGCCUUAUCAGUGUCAACACCAGUGGUGUCUGGAUUGCGUCUGGACGUAAUGAGUUCCACGUUGCCAAAGGCAGCCUCAUUGGGACAUAUUGGAAGAGCACUGUACCCAGAGGAACCGCCUCUGCCACUAAAUGGGCCUUUGUCUUCUCCUCUGCUGUUCCUGCCAAAGAGGGCAGUUUCCUUUGGUUAGGUCAGAGCAGGAAAGACCUGUUCUGUAUUUGGGACCAGGACCUUCAAAUGCGGCCCUUCACUAUUCAGUUUCCCCCAGACGUGGAGAUGAUGCAGCUCUCGGCCUGCCAUGAUGCAUUGUGGGGUUUAGAUCACUAUGGUCGUGUCCACAUUCGCACUUUAUCAGCCAGCUGCUCUACAGGAAUGCACUGGUCAUUACUGGACCUAAGCCAGCUUGGUCAUGUGAGGUUUCUCAGUUUGUCGUGUGGCAGUCAGAACGUUUGGGCAUGCGAUACUAAUGGAAUGGUGUAUUUUCGGGUUGGAACUCAACCUUUGAACCCCAGCAUGAUGCUCCCAGCCUGGAUCUGCAUCGAUCCUCCUGAACAGCCUGCUGGGCUUCUUCUAGUGAAGAUUCAGACCAGUCCUAAUGACCGCAUGCUGUGGGCACUGGACAACAGAGGCAAUGUGCUCGUACGUAUCGGCAUCACUGAGGAGAUGCCUGUUGGGACAGCCUGGGAGCACAUUCCUGGACUUCAGGCAUGUCAGUUGGUUCUGAGCAUGAGGACUGCUUGGGUUCGUCUUGCUAACGGUGAAGUGGCUCGUCGAUACGGAAUUACAGAGAAAAACCCUGCUGGAGAUUACUGGAAGAAGAUCCCGGGACUGGCCAGCUGCCUUGCAGUGACCCCGAUGGAUGAACUGUGGGCUGUUUCUCCAACUGGGGCUCUGAAUCAGCGGCUCACCAAGACUCUGCAAAACAAUAGGAGCAAAAACCAUGUCAACGCGGGAUCUCUGAGCGGAGAGGAGCUGGAGGAAGAGUGGGAGGUGAUUUAAAUGCCACAAAUUGUGUUGAAGCAUCCCAGAAAUCACUGUUCUGUGACAUUUCUUUCUAGGCACUUUACUCAUUUCUGCUUAAAAGAGUAGUUCAACUGGACAAAAAGGAAAAGCUGUCAUCAUUUACUCGCCCUCGUGUUGUUUAAAUGCGUAAGAGUAGAUUACGGUCUGUUAAACCUACAUGAGGUGUGGUAAGUGGAAAAAAAAGAAGAAAAAAAAACAGUACCGUGUGCACCUUGUGACCCGAAAAUGUUUACCUAUUUUGUUUAAUCUAGCACGUUAUUUGAUUAGUUUUAAAAUGUAUAUUCACAGUAAGAUCUUUUAUUUUUAACUUGUAUUAAUCUGUGAAGGAGACUCGGUUUAUGCAUUACCAUUCAAAAUUGGGGUCAAUACGGGUUUUUUUUACGUUUCUUUAAAGAAAUUAAUUAUUUUAUAAGAUGCAUGAAGUUGAUCAAAAUGAAGAGUUUUACAAAUAAAUGCUUCAUUUUAGUUGUCAGUAAUCCUGAAAUCAGUCAUUUUAACAAAAUAUCAGGCAGCACAGGGGUUUUUAAUAUUGAUUAUUAUAACAAGAACUGUUUAGUAAUGUUUCAGUCAGCUUAUUAGAUGGAUACAUGAUUUCUGAGCAGUUAUAAAAACUGAACUGGCUUCAGAUUUCCUUGCAAAUUCUGGAUGAGUAAAUUAAAAGUAGUGCUGUACAUCUUAUCAAAAUCAGAUUAAUAUUAAUCAGAUUUAAGAAAUUGUAAAAGGUUUGAACUAAAUUGACACUUUAUGACCGUCAGAUAACAUUAAGUAUCUGAAGCAUCUUUACAACAGCCUGUCAAAAUAAAAGUUUGGUUUAAUCUGAUGAACUGGGGCAGAAAUAUAUUGCUAUCAUACAGUAAUCGUACAUCCGCUGUGUAAAACAUAUGCUGGAUAAGUUGGCAGUUCAUUCCGCUGUGGCAACCCCUGAUGAAUAAAGGGACUAAGCUGAAGGAAAAUGAAUGAAUGAUGUUAUAAUAACAUAAAUGAUAUUAAUGCAAUGUAAUUUUAAGAACUUGAUCUUUUUUCUCAAAUCAUAUUUGAGAGAAAAUUCAAACAUAUUCCUUAAAAAUGUCAUUUUAGACAAAUGUCUAAAAGCUGGGUCACACUUUAGUUUAAGGUGUCCUUGUUACAGUGUAACUAUUGAUUUAACUACUGAGUAACAUUAAUUACAUGUACUUACUAUGUGUUUAGGGUUAGUUGCAUGUAAUCAUGCAUAAUUAGCUGUAAUUAAUAUAGUAACAUGUGUACUAAGGUCACCUCAAAAUAAAGUGUUAACAAUGGUUGUUAAAUUGAAUCAGUUUGAUGACUUAAGACUGAGAAUUAAAAUCAGAAAAGGCUGAAUACUGAAAAUGUGGAAAAACAGAAAAAAUAUGGGAAAUUGGGACAGAGAGCAUAUUUUAACGGUCUAAGCGCAAAGUCUAAAGUGCAAAAGCAUUAAGGAUGUGUCCGAAUCCACAUUUGCUAUUUUAAGGAUGGAAAAAUACACUUUGCACGCAGGCGCAUGGUCUAACAGGGCUGUGCUUAUUCUCUUAAUGAGUUAUGAGUGUGUUUUGAGCAUAACGUGCAUUAAACCAAUCAGAGUCUUAUCUCCCAUUCCCUUUAAGUCAGUUGCGUCACACCAUGGCACGUUUGCUAUUUACAUGAUGGACUUUGUAAGUGGAAAAACUGAAUGGAAAAAUUGAACGCUUCACUAGCGAGAAAACAGUUAAACAGACCAUCUGCAGCGGAGGAUAAAGAACGAGCCUCCUCCAUUGGCCAAUUUACUUUCUCUUAACUUUACUUUCGCUCUUUACUUUACUCCUUUACUUUUCGUGGAUUAAGAAACGAUGUUGUACGAACUCCACUGAAGACAUCCAUUAGCCUACAUAUUUAAUUUUGUUUGUUAAGAGCAAAGCUUUAUUUCAAAACUAUUUCUAAAUUCAGUUCUAAUUUCUAGCAAACGAAUAAAUGAACGAUAAUAAUGGAAGUGUGGUCAAAGUUAUAUCCAAACACAUGUCCUUAUCUUAUGCCCCAUAUGUGGAUGCAAACGUCUUCAAAACCUGACAAGUGGACAAAUCUAAGCUUGUUUUUAUUAAAACAAAUAUAAAUAUGCAUAUAAUAAAUAAUACUGCUAAUAAUAAUAAAACAUUACACAAAUGCAAAUUGUUAUGAAUUAACCGAAAAAAGCCCCCCCGACAUGAAGGCAUGGAGGUAGUGUUUAUAUAUAUAUAUAGUAAAUAAUAAUUUUUGUAACUUUUAAUCCUUUAUUAUUUUUUUCAUAUGUAAAGAUAUUUGUGUAUUGCUGGACACCCUGUGUGUAUUAAGCAUUUGGACCUGCAUAGAUGCAUAACUAAUGCACUCUGCACUGGACUUUAGACCAGGUUUUACUUGGUCAAUGUCGCAGUCUAUUUCAGUUUCUCAAAAUCCCAACAAUGCGCCUUAACACACCUUCUUUAUAGACCAGCACACCCAUGGGUCCACACAGUAGCACAAAUGGAUUUACUAUUUAAACAACGUGGUGCAAAAUGUGAAAAUUAGGGUUGUGCUGGUCUGAAAAUGGCAACAAAUCGCACCAAACACGUCUUGCGCCUUAUUGCGCCAGGUGUAUGAUAGGGCCCAUAAUGUUAAAAUGAUUUUUUAUAGAUCACAUGAUGUCUUGCAAUUACAUUUUGAUCUACGUUCAGAUAAAACAUAAAUUAUUAUUAAUUCUUUUAAGUUAUAAUAACAUUUUACAAUAUUAGAUUUUGCUGUCAUUUUAAUCAACUAAAUGCAGAUUUAUUUUUAUGAUUAUUUUUUAACCUUAUGGACCCCAAAUUUUUGAAUGGCAUUGUAUCCUAAAGCACUUUGCUUGUAUACAGCUAUAAGGAAAUAUUUAAUGUAAAUCCAUUUUAAGCUGUGCGCUACUGCUUCAGAUGAAUAGAUCAUGUAAAUAUCAAACACAUUUCACUGUAUCAUUAUAGUUAGAGGAAUUCUAUGUCACAAUAUAGUUAGACUAACAAACAAGAGACCAUUUGGAAAGUUUUAUAAAUCUAAUCGUCAUUGGAAAGGGAAGCUAGGCUUAAGUUGGCUUUUGUUGAGGAUGUAAAGGGAUUGAGCUUUAUCUGUAAAUACACUUGUAUCAUGUUAAAUACUUGACAGGAGUAAAAUCACAGUAGCAUUCGGCACAUAUCUAUACUGUAGUCAUGUGUUCCAGUUUAAUGUGAGUUCUUUUAAAACGACGGUUCGACUUUUAACUUUUAACAGAGCAGUUAUCUGAAUUUACUACUUGGUUGAUAGAAUCUAUCAUAGUCUGUUACGAAUAAACUGUAUAUUAUUAAUGCCAGACAAGCAUUCCUCCUCAUAUACGUCCAUAUAAAGAGCGCAUCUAAUCUAUCAUAGAUAAGACAACUAAACAUGAAUUCAGCGCUAGAUCUGAUGUUUGAUUUCCUCACCUCUCUCUCUCUUUAGUGUCUGACUGUGAAGUGUUUGUCAAUCUUCCUUUUUUUGACACCUCAGUAAUGCAUCAUAUGCAAAUCAUCGAAUGACCAUGUAAGCAUUGCUGCAGUUUUAGCUCUUUGUAUGUUAUGUUGGCUGUUGUUUUGGCCUAUUGUAUGCCAGUAGUUUCAGUUCUGCACUUGUAAGUCAGAUUAAAGUGAUUAAUGUGGUACACCGGGCAUGUAAUGCUAAGCCAGUGUGGUUUAAGUGGUGAAGCCGCUACAUGUGAACUCACAUUAUAGACUUGUAAGGUCUUACUCCAUGCUUAGUCAUGACAAACUUCCAAAUAAAAUGUUUACAGUAA